GUGGCCACUACAUCAGCCUCGUGAUUAGUUAUUAACUGGAGUCGGAGGGGGAUGGGGUCAAAGUGCGGAACCCAAGCGCCUGGAAUCCAGCUGCUCGUUGUGUGAGAGACCACAGCUGCGCUUCCACUGCGGAGGGGCCGAAGGAGCAGCACCAGCAGGGAGGCUGCCAUGGCUGGAGAGGGGAAGCCCCGGAGAAUUGGGAUCAUCGGCUUCGGACACUUAGGCAGGUACCUGACCAGGAAGGUCCAGGUGGAAGGGCAGCUGCACGGCCUGCAACUGGCCUUCGUGUGGAACAGCAACCAGGAAAAGAUGGAAGGGAAGGUCCAAAAGGAGCUUCAGCUGGAAUCUCUCAGCGAGUUGGCACAGAGACGCGCGGACCUGGUUGUAGAAGUGGCCCAUCCUCAGAUAGCAAAGGAGUACGGGGAAGAGAUUCUCAAACACGCCGAUUUCAUGGUCGGAUCUCCCACCGCGUUUGCCGAGCAGGGAGUUGAUGCCAAGUGCCGAGAGGCAGCGAGGAGGCAUGGACACACCCUCUACGUACCCAGCGGAGCGCUCUGGGGGGCAGAGGACAUCCAGAAGAUGGCCGAUAGAGGAACCCUGAAGGCUCUGAAGGUCACGAUGAGCAAGCACCCAGACAGCUUCAAGCUGGAGGGCUACCUCCAGGAGCUGAAGGAGAGGCGGAGGGGGGAGCGGACGGUGCUGUACGAGGGCCCAGUCAGGAGCCUGUGUCCGCUGGCACCCAACAAUGUCAACACCAUGGCUGCCGCAGCCGUGGCCGCUCACAGCCUGGGCUUCGAUCGGGUGCAGUGCUGCCUAGUAGCUGAUCCCAGUUUAUUGGACUGGCAUGUGGUGGACAUUGAGGUGAGUGGUCCAGUUGACGAAGCUUCAGGCCACCAGUUCACAGUGAAGAGCACACGGAGGAACCCCUCCACCCCGGGGGCAGUGACAGGGGCAGCCACCUACGCCUCGUUCUGGAGCAGCGUGCUGAACUGCAAAGGUCACGGAGGGAAACUCUUUCUGUGCUGAUGAACCGUCCUGACAGCACAUUAUGGAAGACUGCGUCAGCAUUUAGAACUUAAGAGGAGAUAGAACAUUGCGGGAAAUGCAGCAUUUGUGACGCAAACAGUAAAGCACGA